GCCUAAAACUGUAGCGUUGUACAUCUCCCUAUCACUCCCUACUCAUAUCUGUCAGGCCGUCAGCUAUCGUUGAUGACUUUUUGUAACCUAACGUAAACGAGGGUGAAAAGUUUUAAUGCGUAAAAAACAAUCGUGCGUAAGACAGUUGUUGGGUUGUAUUGCUAAUUUGUAAAAAUGGCAAGUCCUUUGACGAACGUCCCAGUAUCUCAAAUAUUGAAAAACAAGAGUACUUUCGAAGAUGAGCCCAGGAAAAAAAGUAGAGAAGAUUGGAGAAAAGCUAAGGAAUUAGAAGAAGCCAGAAAAGCUGGUACCGCACCAGCUGCUGUUGACGAGGAAGGAAAAGAUAUCAAUCCACAUAUUCCGCAAUAUAUUAGUGCAACGCCAUGGUACUUUGGUGCACAGGGUCCUACAUUAAAACAUCAAAGACCACAGCCUGAAAAACAAAAACAAUAUAAUCAGUUAGAUGAAUGGUACAAGCGAGGUGUAGAUGCAAGUAAGGUAGUGCACAAAUAUCGUAAAGGAGCUUGUGAAAAUUGCGGUGCUAUGACGCAUAAACGAAAAGAUUGUAUGGAAAGGCCACGGAAAGUAGGAGCAAAAUUUACAAAUACUGAUAUUGCACCUGACGAAUUUGUUCAACCUGAUUUGUCUGUGGAUUAUGAUGGCAAAAGGGAUCGGUGGGCUGGUUAUGAUCCAGCUGAGCAUAGAGCAAUUGUAGAAGAAUAUCAAAAGAUUGAGGAAGCAAAAAGACAAAUGCGUGCAGACAAACUUAAUGCAGAAGAAAACGAUGAUCAAGAUUCUGAUAAAGAUGAAGAUAAAUAUGUAGAUGAGGUUGACAUGCCAGGAACUAAAGUCGAUUCAAAACAACGUAUUACUGUGAGAAAUUUAAGAAUUCGCGAAGACACAGCUAAAUAUCUUCGCAAUUUGGAUCCAAAUUCAGCAUAUUACGAUCCAAAAACAAGAUCCAUGAGGGACAAUCCAUAUGUUGGAACCGAACAAGAGGUGGAUUACAAGGGAGAAAAUUUUGUUCGAUUCUCAGGAGAUACGCAACAGCACGCGACCGCUCAAUUGUUUGCGUGGGAGGCCCAUGAACGUGGUGUCGAUGUUCAUUUACUCGCGGAACCUACAAAACUGGAGCUACUCAAACAGGAAUACGAUAAAAAGCGAGAUGAAUUAAAAGACAAAGCUAGAGGUAGUGUUAUAGAUCGUUACGGCGGUGAAGAACAUCUGGACGCGCCACCGACAUCGCUUCUUCUUGCACAAACGGAAAAUUACGUGGAAUACUCCAGAUAUGGAAAAAUAAUUAAAGGCCAAGACAGGCAGGUUAUUAGAUCAAAAUAUGAAGAAGACAUAUUUCCUAAUAAUCAUACAUCAGUUUGGGGAUCUUACUGGCAAGCAGGCAACUGGGGUUACAAAUGUUGUCAUUCUUACAUAAAAAAUUCUUAUUGCACUGGAGUAGCUGGAAUUCGUGCUUCUGAAACAGCAAACACCAGUAAUGAUAGUAUUCCAAACAGUAGUAAAGAACCAAAGAAUGAAGAGGAACCUCAAAAUAAUGAAAGGAAGACGGAAGUUGUUUGUCACGAAAAUUCGUCAAAUGAAGAUUCCUCGAGCGAUUCAUCUUCGGAAGAGGAUGAUACGAAGACAAAACCAGAGAUAAAAGCUAGCAAGGCUAAAAAGAGGGAUAAAAAGCGUAAACAAAAGGAGAAACGUAGGAGUAUCAGGAAAGCGGAAAAGGAGGAGAGUAAGUUAAAGGAGGCGUUAAAAAAAGAAUUGAAGAAUCAAAAAGAUGCUGAAAAAUUGUUGAAGAUGGACGAGCGAAAACGUCCAUACAAUAGUAUGUAUGAAGCUAAGGAACCUUCUGCCGAAGAAAUUGAAGCUUAUCAAAUGAAACGUAAACGCGAUGAAGAUCCUAUGGCGCAUUUUCUCAGUUGAUCAUGAACAUUCAGUCAUGAGUGGAAAUAUUUGAUAUUCUUUACAUACAUUCACAUUUUAAAUGUAUUUACCAUGAUUAUAAGAUGCGUUAAUAAUUCAACAAAUGUGUUACCUUCGACGAAUACUGUACAAAAAAUAUAAUACUACACGUUAGUAUGUUAUGACAAUUAAUAAAACAUAAUCACUGAGGAGAUACUGUUAAAAAAAGGUCAGCCUUAUGGGUACUUCUGUCUGAUAGCCAGUGGGCACAGUAAGUACAGAAAAUAUACUGGAACUAGUACAGAAGUUUUGGAGGAGCCAUUUUACCAAUAUCUCCUCGACGACAUAAUUCAAA